AUGGCUUCGUUUCUUGUUUGCCUGGGACGAUUCGCGUUUUUUAUUGUAAUGGGUAUACAGUUUGCUUCGCUUGCUUCAUAUCCAGCGACAUACGAAAGUAAUGAUGGCUACUACACAUUAGUACUUCUCUACCUUCUCCCUUUUGGACUGUGGCUUUUUAUCAUGUGCAAAGACGACAACCUUCAAUGGCUAUUUUUUGUUUGGUUGCUGUACACGAUCGCAUUCGUCAUCUUUAUAGGAAUUAUUUUUGGCGGGAAUGAUCCACUUGAGAAUAAACUCAACAAGGAGCAUUUUUUUGGUCCAAAUGUCUUAAAGAUGACCCUAUGCCUGUCUCCCGUUCUACUGUUGCUGCUUUUAAGCACUGGUACAGAUUCGCCGUCUUACAGAGAGCUGACUUGGAUGCUCUCCCUUCGAAUCGCCCUGGAUCUUUUCGAUGCAGUAGAAAUGUUGGAAGUUAUUCUCGACGAAAACGAACUAAGCCAUGACAUCCCAAGAGCGUUUGAAAAAGUCAUAAUUGGAUUUGUCUGUUUUAGUUUCUUGUUGUCGACGCUACAGCUUUUGGAGAUAAAGCUGGAUUACGGUGACUGGAAACCUCGGAAGUGUACAUCAGUAUCGCGAAAAACUCUUCAGAUUCUUUUUGUAAACGGUGUAUUUUUAGUACUUCGCUUAAUAAUUUACAGAAAGUACGGCAAAGAUGCAUCAAUUUUCAUCGCUAAAAAUUUCAUCAUAAUUAUUCUCAGCCUUUUUGAAAUAUGUUCCACGUGUAAAUGCUGUGGAUGCGAGGACUACUAGUGAACGAUACCUUCCCUUCGGACACAAUUUUCUUUAGGAAACCUUGCGCUGUAGAUUGCAAUACUUCCCUCUUGAUCCCUGACCGAAAAUUAUAUUCAAUUUAGGCAAUGCAUAAGAAAUGCUACUUCAUUUUCCAGACCUUCAUGCUUUCGGUUUUUAAUUUAAGCUGCUGAAGCAGAUCAUGGUCUGAAAAUUAUAGCAGUGGUCACAGUGGUUCAUUGCCCAUCCGUUAGACAAAGCCGUGUUAUAUUCGCUUAGCUGCAAUCUUUGUUUGCUUAAAGCAAUAACAAAAAAUGGAAAAUUAAAUGGAAUUCUCUUUAGUUAGUAUAAAGGGGACAAAAACUCAAUUUCCGGAAGACACCAUGAUUGUUUACGAUCACUUGCCCAAAUAAUUAGAUAGUUUACAGCACUUGUGAAAUAUCUCAACUGUACGUUUCCGGCAUGCAUUUUUCUCGGAAAUGGAGCAUUUACCAAGAUCAAGGAAUUCUCGGAAAUGCCAACCUUCAGACAAAUUGGUCGCUGUUAUUUUAAACUGGCAUUUUUCUUGGAAAGAAAACCUUUCAAGUUCACGAUGUCUCGGAAAUUCUAAACCUUCAGACGAAUUUUCCCCUGUCAAUUAAAUUGCAUAAACAUAAAGCUUGUUUGCAAAAAACUGGGAAUUUCCCAGGCGCCAAGGGAAAAGCCCCUCGCCUCAUUCAGGCGUUUUAACAUAAGAGCUGAUGUGGUGGUUUUCUAUUGGCUGGUUACUUGCAAUUACCUUAAUAAAAUUCAUAUCGAUGAUUUUUUCUUCAGUAGCAGGUUUUUGACCGAAGAAAUGGCCUCACUUCUUGUAUGCGGUGGACGUGCAUUGUUUUUUGCUUUGUUGGUCACUCAGAACUUUAUGCUGGCGGCUUAUCCAGCCACGUAUAAAGACGACUCCACCUGGUAUGCUGUUGCUGCUUCACAGGCUUUAUCAGUCACCAUCUGGCUCGCCCUCGUGCUGUCUAGUGCGGCAAAACUUCAACGGUUGUUUUAUAUCUGGGGACUGUACAUCGUCGGUCUAGUUAUCAGCAUUGCCAUUGUUUUUGGUUUCGUUGGAGACAUCCUCGACAAAAAACGGUUCCUCGGGCCAAAUGUUUUGAAGACCGUACUCUGUAUAACCCCCCUUCUUCUCCUGUUGUUGUUGAACACCGCGAAAGAUGGCAACAAAUAUAAAGAAGUGGUAUCGAAGUUGUGUUUUUACAUGACUGUAGAUCUUUUUGAUAGCGUUGAAAUGCUAGACAUCGUUUUGGAUGAAAAAGAGCACAACUAUGGCAUUCCGAAAGAAUUUGGAGCAGGAAUGAUCGCCUUGGCUUGCAUAAGUUUACUGCUCUCCCCAUGGCAAAUGGCGGAAAACAAUCUCAAGGAAGAAAAACCCAGAAAAUGUACUGCAAUAUUACGAAACAUUGCCGAAAUAGUUUUCGACGUUGUGUUCCUGGCCAUCCGUCUUGUGAUUGUAUUUAAAUACAAGAAGGACGAGUCUAUCUUCAUCGCCAAGAAUGGCAUCGGAAUAAUCCUUGCCUCAUUCGAGAUCCACGAUCUCCUUAACAAGGGAUAA